AUGGCCUCCACAACGCCUACUCCUAUGCGAACUAAGGAAGCCGUUAAAGUAGACUUGUGGAAACAAGCUUUGGCCACUCUCAACGCCGAGGAUCAAAAGCAAUACGAGGACUGCUCCUCAAGUAUGCUUGACGUGUUGAAGCAGGUUCAAGAAACCACGGAGAGCAAGAAGCAAGAUUGUGUCUCGAAAGGUUGGGAAGUUUAUCGAAACAAGCAGGGUGAAGAAGUCAAGCUCCGACAUGUCCUUGAAAAGGUUUCUGUAUGGGUGAAAGGAAUCAUCAACAUUGUUGAUGUGGGUGUUUUUUUCGAUCAGAGUGGUCACGCAGCUUUACCGUGGGGAAUCGUCAAAUAUCUCACGACGAUUGGCAUCUCAGAUAUUGAUGUGUUCAGCAGUCUUGUUGAAGGCAUUGAAUCUAGUGCUAGCCUUGUGGCGCGAUAUGUCAUCGUCGAAAAACUAUAUCUACACUAUGAGUGUGAAGCAGCACCCGGACUGCAGGAAGCUAUUGGAAACCUCUACGCAAACAUUCUCACUUACCUGGCAAGAGUCAAGGCUUACUUCACAGGCAGUACUUGGAGUAAAUGCUCGACUGCGUUUAACUAA